UACUUUUUGCGAAACUAUUGUUGUUUACAAAUACACUAUGGCAACAAGCAACAUGGAGUCAAACUAAAGUAGUUGUCACACGAAACAGUUCUUCGUUGUUAGGAUGAUGUCUAUUCCCGAUCGAAGAAGAGAAAUGUAAUGAUUCGCUAAUGAAAUUUGUUAUAAUUUCAAUGCUGCGAUUUAUUUUAAUAUCGCUGCGAACUUAUUCAUUUUGUUGAAACUCGCUACACUUUAUUUUGCACAAUGGCUUCGAAUGUGGAAGCCACGCUACGUAAGACUGUUAGCACUAUGACGGAUUUCUUAUUCCCAGUUUCCAGAGAAAGCAUCAAAAAGAAUCAACACAAUGUUUUACGUUCUGGUCAUGAAUACGUAACCAGCUUACCUUUCCAGAUGGAACUGUACUUCAACGUCUGGUUCUUCCCAUUUUGGCUUGUUUCUGCUAUUGCUGCUCUUGCUUUCAAGUUUUCCAAACUCAGUAUUGUCUACAAGAUCCUCCUUGUUGCUGCUUACGUCAUGUUUGGUAUUAUUGAGAUUAUCCGGCUUUAUUUGGGUUACAUUGGAAACUUAAUGGAAAGAGUACCUGAGCUUGCUGGAUCUUGGCUUUUGACAUUACUGAUGCAGUUCCCUCUAAUUAUAUUUCUGCUGUUCAAUGAAGGCCAGAAAUUUCCUCUUGAAAUAGCUGUUCAUAUAGUCAUGUUUGGGUUUGUUCUGACCGAAAUGUUUUCAGGUUAUUUUGCUAUUCGUACCAUGAUCAACUACCAGAUGACACAGUUUCACUUGCGUCAGUUUUCUGACCUAGAGUUUAUUAUUCAAGACUAAAGGAAAAGACAAGAUAAAGAGAUUGUCUCAAUGUGUACAGACAAAGUUUUACACACCUCAUCAAAUUUAAAUAGCCCUUGUGUGUGUAUGUGUGUGUGUAUGUGUGUGUGUACAAACUAAUACAAUUCCUUUUUGUAGCAGUUAACAAAUCAAGACACAAGAUACUUCUGAUACUUUAAGGUAUAAAGGAUAGCCAUACCAUAGUAUCAGUGUGGAUAGGAAUAAAGUAUCUUAGGCAUUUAAUUGUUAGCAUCUAUGUUAUAAUGUUAUGACAAAUUAAAGUUAUUACUGUGAGCUCAGUUCUACACUUGUGUCUACUUAAAUAGUUAAAAUAAAGGAAGCAUUCCAAUGUAAGUUUUAAA